UUCUACUCAGCAUAAGGGAAUCCAGCAUGCCUCCUUCGACUUCGACUACUACCUCUUUCACUGAUUCCCGGAUUCUCCCUCCAAUUAAUACUACAGGCCUUUCUUCUCCAAUUCGUUCAUAUCAGUUGCAAACCAGAAGCUCUCAACCGAUGCCUCUAGACAGCUUCCUGCCCCCCAUGGAUAGCUACUUUCCAUCUAAUCAAUCUAACCCUUCCUCCACCUCCUCGACACCAGCACCUAUCGAGCCCUCAUCGCUCAAACAGCAUCAAGCCCCACGCCGAAGCUCCCGUAAUUCCAAGAAGCCGUCAAUCCCUUCAUUGCUUUCAGAUAGUUCCGGAGACUCCUCCCCUUCCGGCCAAUGGUCGGCGGCAAGUUCUCCCACUACCACGGCUUCCGGUAGUACACGAAGCAGCUCUGUUUCGACUUCGACUACUCCCCUUAGCGGUUACAACACUGCGUAUGAAUUUGGGCUCGUAAGACGGAGAAGUAGUUUGUCGCAGAUUGGUAGUCCCACGUGUGAGCUAGAUCGCCUGGACAACUUUAAUGUUCCGAAGGUCGAUUCCGAUGUCAUGAAUGGGAGCAAGCAGCGAAAGGCCAGGAGGUUAGUCUAAUUUCGGCCCUCGAAUUUGACUAUCCUUGAAAGAAAGAGGAAGCUGACUAAGGUGGGAUAGCUCCCCUCGGACGGGAGUUAAUAAUGGCAAUACCGACGAGUACGACGUUCUGGGUAGGAAGAAGUGAGUUUUACGCUUACUGCCCUUUCGUCUCGUUUAUCACCUGCUAACUGGCAUACCUCACCAGGCCGAAAACCCCGAGAACUCCCAUGUCAUGGGAUCCUCAAGACGAUAUCCUGCUCAAGUCAUUGAAGGAAGAGCAAAGGCUCGGAUGGAAGGAGAUUGCGACACACUGUGAGCAAACGGUCACCCAAGCAAUCAAGGAAGCCCCUUAGUCCUAACUUGUUUGUUUGUUUGUGUAGUCCCGGGAAGAACAUCUCAUGCCUGCCAGUUCCGCUGGCGGCGCCUUGCAUCCGGAACCCUAAAGUACUACCAGGGCCACCGCCGUCCACCGGUCGUGACAACAACGUCGACGUCCUUCGCCAACGAGAUGGCAACCGCAACCACAGGCACCGUUUCCGGGAGUCCCAAAAUCCUGAUGAGAAGCAUCAACAACAUCUCUCCCGCUCCAUCGACAAACCCAAACACGCCACAAAUGCACCACACGAUGCCACACUACUCCCCAAUUUCGGCAGAAUCCCCUCUACGCCCUCACUCGGCCUUUUACCCUCUUCCACCAUCCACGCCUUGGGCCUCAAGUGCACCAUUUCAGAUGGCACUUUACCAGACGAGCCCGCUACCGUCACCCCCUUCCUGCCCGGGGCGAUACAUUAUGGAGGAACCGAUGAUGGAGCCCUGGACCACCAGCGAAGACGCACUGUUGCUAGAUAAAAAGAGGUCAUUCGAUGAAGUCAAUGUAUUACUCCCCAAACGGAGCGAGAGAGAAAUAUGGGAUCGAAUGGCAAAGCUGAGGAGCCAAGUUGGCCCAGAAUCUCUGAGGAGACGAAAUACAGCUGACGAAAGUAUGCGCUUGCCCGCAAUGGGUAUCGGACGGAGCAAUACUUGGGAGCGGUGAUUCCUUAUCAAAAAUCAUCACGGUUUCACCCCAACGGGGUCGAUACCAAAUCGUUGCAACGACCGGACGCGAUUCAAAUUCGAGUGUGUUUCCUCCUUUUUUUUUUCCUUUUGAAAAAAAUCCAUCCCGUUUCAUUUCCUCCCAUCUAUUAUAGACGCAACGGAGCAAACAAACGCUUCGCUGCCCCGCUCUUCCUCCUUAUCAUCUCCAAGAUGACCACGACGGCACCCACUCGCCGACCGGUAAAUACCAUCCUAAUUCUCAUCCGGAAAAGUCGUUUCUCUUUAAAAUGGUCCAUGGUUUUCCUUUUACGUUUUACUGUUUCAUCAAUUAUUAUCUCGGCAAGGUCAGGUCAGGUCGGUCAAGGCAAGAGCAUGGUUCCUUCCUCAUUUCAUCGUUCUUGUGACUUUACUAUUUUUUAUUAUCACGGAGCAUAGGGUGUUUGGGAUUUUUCUUCCUUCCUCUUUCAUUCUUUCCUCCUCAUUCAGCGGAAAUUCCAGGUGAUGAUCUGUUUUCCUUACGUACUUGUCAUAGUUAUUUUCUACGUUUCUCAUGCGUUAUGCGUUCACGUCGGCGUUUGGUUUUUCAUCUUUUGUUCUUCUCCAGCGUUUCCUUGCCUAUUCUAUUUUCCCUUCUUUCCUCCCUCUUCGGCAAAUGGAUGGCACAGGAUGCUAGAGUAAAACGGGGGGGUUUCCUUGUUGUUUUCUCCUUUCCGGGGGGUUUGGUGUCUUUUGAGUUUAUUACAAAAGGAGUCGGUUGGUUGGUUGGGGGGAGGCGGGGAAGGUGUAUUGGAGGGGAUGGUUGUGUACAAAGUAGGGAUAUUAAAGUAGGAAAGAGACGAGAGAAUCGAUUGAUAGAGUGUCCUACUA